GUCCCUCCCUCUUUCUCUCUCCUCCUCCUCCCUCUCUCAUUAGGCUUCUCACCGGCAAAACACCGACACACUCCCUUUCCCUUAAACCCGGGGAAUAAACACGGAGCGGCGGCAGGAGCAGGACUGACCUCCCCCCUCCCCGGUGCGCGCCAUCCAUGGUCCUCCUCUGGAUGUCUGUCUGACAGGAGGGUUGGUGUUACUUUGUUGAAGCGACAGAGGCAAGGCCCCGAGUCAGAGGUGAAGAGAGCGAGACAGGAGUCCUCCUAGACAAGAGGGGGCAGCAGCAGGCAUGCAGGACUCCGCCUCAGACAGCAAGAUGGCCAAACAGGAACUGAACUCCAAGCAUCUGGACGAACACAGGGAAACAGAUGAAAUGUCUGAGAAGACGUCGCCAAACAAGAACCUCAAAUCCCCCCAGAAAGGCUCCAAACGACUCAAAACUGCCCCCUUCAAAGUGACCCUGCUGGACUCCUCCGAGUUUGAAGGAGAAAUUGAGAAACACUCUAAAGGACAGACCCUGAUGGACAUGGUGUGUGAGCACCUCAACUUGCUGGAGAAGGACUACUUUGGUCUGACCUUUGCCGACACAGACACCCUGAAGAAUUGGUUGGACCCCUCCAAGGAGAUCAAGAAGCAGAUGCGCAACUCUCAGUGGCACUUUGCCUUCGCUGUCAAGUUCUACCCUCCAGACCCCUCCCAGCUCACUGAGGAUAUUACCAGAUACUACCUGUGUCUGCAGCUGAGGGAUGACAUGCUGUCAGGUCGGCUGCCGUGCUCGUUCGUCACUCAUGCCCUCUUGGGCUCCUACACCGUUCAAGCCGAACUGGGAGACUACGACCAGGACGACCACGGCUCUGACUACGUCAGCGAUUUCCGCUUCGCCCCAAAUCAGACCCGCGAGCUGGAGGAGAGGGUGAUGGAGCUCCAUCGAAACUACAAGGGGAUGACUCCCGCAGAGGCUGAAAUUAACUUCUUGGAGAAUGCGAAGAAACUGUCCAUGUACGGUGUGGACCUCCAUCAUGCUAAGGAUUCUGAAGGGAUUGACAUAAUGCUGGGUGUCUGUGCCAAUGGCCUGCUGAUCUACCGUGACAGACUGAGGAUCAACCGCUUUGCCUGGCCAAAGAUCCUCAAGAUCUCUUACAAGAGGAGCAACUUUUACAUCAAAAUACGACCUGGCGAGUAUGAACAGUUUGAAAGUACAAUCGGUUUUAAGCUUCCGAACCACAGAGCUGCCAAGAGGCUGUGGAAGGUCUGCAUCGAGCAUCACACCUUCUUCCGGCUGGUGUCUCCAGAGCCUCCUCCUAAGGGCUUCUUGGUGAUGGGUUCAAAGUUUAGAUACAGUGGAAGGACACAAGCUCAAACCAGACAGGCCAGUGCGCUUAUAGACCGACCUGCUCCGCACUUUGAGCGCUCCACCAGCAAGAGGUACCUGCUGUCCAGGAGCUUGGACGGAGAGUUUUCGCGGCCCGUCUCUGCCAUGUGUGAGAACCACGACAGCCUGUCCCACCGCAGCAUCAGUGAACAGCGCCGUCUCCGCAGCCCGUCUGUGGACGAGCAGGAGACCGAGCUGGAGCCCAGUUUGGAGCAGGACGAGGAGGACAAGGACCAAGAGCCGGGCCAGGAGUCGGAGCAGGACAGAGACGAGGACGGCAAUGUCACUCCAAGCAGAAAGAAAGAGAUCAUGGAGGAGGCUGGGUCACCAGUUGACAGUAAACAGGAGCUCUCUCAGUUGGACCAGGAGGCCACUCCUCGGCACAAACAGGAGUUUCUGGAUAAGUCUCAGGACGUCUUGCUGAAGCACCAGGCCAGCAUCAAUGAGCUGAAGAGAGCCCUGAGGGAGCCCAACAGUAAGCUGAUGAAUCGGGAGAAGCGUCUGUCCAUAACCUCCCCGACUGGCACGCCAGAGAAGAAGGCUUUGGUGGGCCGAGCGGUGGGAAAGGACCCUGUUAACAGCCUGUCUGUUGAGGGUUUCGUCCAGAAGACUAUGGUGACUUCACCCGAGGGCUCUGAGGAGUGGGUAUUGAUUGAAAAACAAGAAACUUAUCAACAAGACCAUGACUGGAAGGCAGAAGAAAAGAACAAAUCUCUCACAUCUGACUCCUCGUGGGAGAAAAAGGAGCUGGAAAAAGAGAUAGAUAUUACCAAGAUGAUACAUAAAGAGGUAACAGGGUAUGACAGAAAAGAAAUGAAAAGCCAUAUUGAUGAAUUUCCAUCAAGGAAACCGUCCAGUGAGGCAGAUGUGUGCUCUGAAUCUCGGCCGAGUCGUUUUGUGAUUCAAUUAUCUGAGAACGCAGACUCGUUUCAAGACAAAUCUCAAAGUAAACCAUCUCACACCUCAGAUCCCGAGGUAAACGAUGAUGUGGCCCCAGGCUCGCACCAGAUAAAGGAACGCACAGUUUCUAAACAGAGGAAAAAGAGGAGACCCCAGAGCUUAAACCUGGGAAUGCCUGCAGAGCUCAUCUACAGGAAAGGAGGCAGUGAUUCUACCGGAGAAGAAAACGAGGGCUCAGACUCAGACACUAGUCCAGAGAAAAUGUUUCAAACAGGAAAUCAUUGCGAGUCGUCCCCGGUGUUGGUGAAAAAAGAUGAUCAGGGAUCAGGGAAGGAUCAGUCUGUUAAGGCCUGUAAAGACGGCGAACAGGAGCAAGUCUCAAUAGUAGAGAGCAGGGAGUUCUCAUCUCAAGGUGCAGAGCAGGGGAACAGAAAAGUCAGUCAGGUUGGAACGACAGAUAUCGAUCUAGGCUCAGUGAACGGACCCGGAAAGAUAGAGCAUGAUAGUUCAUUAGCAGGUGUUAAAGGAGAGUGUGUGAUGAAGGUGCGAGGGAAGGGCCUUAUCGACAACAAAGAGCUAGCGGAGGUAAAACUGCGACAGGUCAGGACACACGAGAGAAAGAUCAGUAACUCCGGGCCGGAGGAUAUUGAGGGUUUCGUGGGAGAAAGAGGUCAGAGGACGUCUCUCCACCGGCUGUCAGGCAGCAGCUAUCAGUCAGAGAUCACCAGGAUCGUUCCUCUCAAGCCAGAGCGGUCAAAGAGCGUAGCGUGUAAGGAUGAAAGGGACAGGACAGGACAGGAGGAUCCAGCCCGGGCCAUCAGAAGAGAAUACCGCUGGUCAGUGGGCUCUCCGGAGGGAUCCUCAGACCUCAACUGGACGGACGUCUCCGCCUUCCAUUCAGCGUUUCCAACAGAUCUGGAGGGGAAUGCUAAAACAGAACAGCCUGACGACAGCUAUCAGCCUGGCAGAGGACCUACAGAGAGUCAGUCAUUUGGCUCAAAGAUUUCAGCGCUUCCCAAAAUGGCUCCCCCGGCCCCACCAGUGAAGACGCAGAAGGCCAGGGAGUCGGGUCUAAUACUGCGGAACAGCCGAAAUGCUGGCAGGGAGCCGAGCCUGGACGCAGCCAAGAAGAGACAUUCGGAGCCCGUCUCUACUCCUGCCAUUUAUGAAGAGCCGUUUGCUGAUUUCAAGAAGGAGCUUGGGGACAGGAGGCCCCAGCCGAGUAUAGCAUCCGAGGAAGAGCAGGAGCGGGACACCGUGGCCUGCAUGAGGGAAACCCACCUUGGCAUCGAGCGCAAGUGCUCCAGCAUGACAGUCAGCUCCACCUCCAGCCUGGAGGCCGAGGUCGACUUCACCAUCAUCACAGAUCUCCACUCUGGCGUGGAGGAAUUCUCUAAAGGCAUGUUGGAGCUGGAAGAGAGGGAGCGACAGCCCGAGGUGGGCCGGGAGGACUUUGAGGAGACCUCCAGGUUCUACUCUGCCCGUCUGAUGGGUUCCCGGGACAAGUCUCCCAUAGAGGAGAAACUUCCUGAGGAGGGAACACAUCAUGAGCCUCCUGUGGCAAAGAAAGACCCCAAUGCUGUGAGCGUGGCCCAUAUGCUGAAGAGGACCGACACCAAGACGGAGAUGCAUACGAAUGGAUCAGAGGUCCACGCCAACAUCAUGAAUGUCUCACCGCAGAACUACGGAGUUGUCAGCCCACAGGAGGCUCAUGUUGCCCUUAAAGAAAAUGGCUCCCCUGUAAAAGCCAGCACCCAGGGGAGGGAGUCUGUUGUGUCCCCGCUGACCAUCACUGCUGAGAACGUCACCUCAGCAACCACAACUCAAGUUACCAAGACUGUGAAAGGAGGCUACUCAGAGACCAGAAUCGAGAAGAGGAUUAUAAUCACAGGAGAUGAUGAUGUAGACCAACAUCAGGCCCUCGCCAUGGCGAUCCAGGAGGCCAAGCAGCAGCACCCCGACAUGCUGGUGACAAAAGCAGUGGUUAUCAGGGAAACAGAGUCUCCCACUGAAGAGCUGCAGCAGAAAGCAGAGUCCUGAUUGGUCAUGGCGGCUCCUGAGACGGGGAGACACGAGACGAUCCCUCCAGCUGUGUGUCUCCUGCCCCACCCUGCAGUACGCCACCAAGAGGACUCUCUACCCCACUGUGUACACACCAACACGAGACCAGACUGCGCUCCAUGAAGCAGUCAGUAGACCUUCACUCCUGUCCCUUUAGACAAACCAACUGUGACCAGGCCUCCCGUCCUCCCCCGGCCCAUCCCAGCCCUCCACCUCCUCACGGAACAGGAAGCGAAGAGUCUCCUAUUGGAUAAUUUACCGCUCUGAGUGAUGCGAGGUUGAAAGAGAACCCCAGUCACAGCUGUUCCUAUUUGAAUUCACUUCUGUUAGAGUCAUUCGUCUUAAACUUUGCUUGCAUCUUAUUUAAUCUAACGCAUUUUUGAACCCUCAGGAUCAUUUCAAUCAUUGACUUUUUAACCCUAAACUCCACAGCCCCAACACCUUCCUCUCAAAAACAAUCUUCUUUCUAUUUUAAGGUCACAAAUAUCUUCCCUGUGCUACUGUCACAUAUGAAAUGAGUAUAUAAGAGAAGAGGACAGCUGAGUCAAAGUAUGGGGACAAUGCUGGUGAUGGGGGGUGGGGUGGGGAGGUUGGUGCCAAGUGGCAAAAAGUGGCAGCCUCUGUGCUUGUUAUUGCCACCUCUUGGCUGUGACAACUUCAGUAUAAUCAACAGCUGUCUUAUUAGCUUUUUACAUUUUUAUCUAUAGAGAAUCUAAUUUAUGUCCAGUGUUUGCUUGUUUAUGAAAUGUGUAUAAUAUCAGAUGAUUAUAAUCUGCAUGAUUCAAUUAAAGAAAAUAGCCGAGGGAAUGAAAAAAAAAGUAUGCGGACACUUCCCCAUUUGAAAUCCAUAAGAAGCUCUGAUAUGAUGGGAACGAGCACCUACGGAGAAACUGUAAAAACCCUGAGACAGUGAGUAGUGGACACAUACUAAUGUUGACGGACUCUACUUGAGGAAUAUGAGGACAGUUCAGAGGACAGCUGAGACGCUGCUUUGGUCACAGUCUCCAACAAAAACAGACAUCAUUGUCCUCGUCCCAUUUCUCUCCUCUUCACUGUUACUGUUUUUAUUUUGGCAUCAACUCUCCAUCAACGUAAAGAAAUGCUGGUCACAUGUUUUUGGGCACAGUUAUAAGAUUUGUAGAGAAAUUUUAAUAUGAAUAAUGUUUUAUCUAAUAAGUUUCAGAAAUGUGACGAUAUGUUUUUACCGUUUUCUUACUUGAUUUUACUGAUGUCCACCAUGAAACAGGGUUUAUGUUGUUCUUGUGUUUUUGGAAGUCUCAGUCCUCAUGUGUGUGAACAUGCUGACAUCGCUCUUUAAUAUCCAGGCCUCCUUUAAGAAGGACUCAUUUUUUUAUUUUGCAAGAACUCAAGUGAACUACGGCAUCAAACAAAGUUAUUUAAAAAGAUAUCACUUAAAUGUAGUUAGUUUGUUGUGAUGGGACUAGCUAUUUGACUUUUUGCUGUGCCUGAAGUAUCUCGAAUCAGUUUGCUAUUCAUUCCAUAUUCAAAAUCUUAAAGGAGCUAUUUGUAAAUUUUGGUAUUGCUACAUAGCCAACAUUAGCAUUAGCAGCUGUUUACUUACUAGUCUAGAAGAAAUGUUGAGUGUUCAGUAUCAAACUUCAUUUCUUUAUUCACCAAGAGCUGUCUCCAGAGGUGGAAAGCAACACCAAUCAUAAUGUUAAUACUUUGCUUCUAUUUCUUUAUCCUCUACUGAAGUCAGCAUGCUAAGCAGCUAGCCCAAGACCGGCUGGACUGUCUUGUCACUUUCCAAUACCGAGUCACUGUAGCUUCCAGUCUGUCCUGAAGAAAUAGCGCUGCUCAGAAGGUGUAUUAUAACCUCUUGUAUUGUAAAUGCAAUGAUGGCUGAAGCUCUUGGCAAGACUGAGAAUAAACAGCUGUUAAUGCUAACACUGACUAUGUAGCAAUAGCAAAACUCACAAAUGUCCCUGUCAAUAAUCAAUAUCAGCAUCAUAUCAAUUCCUUGAACCUGCUUCGAUUAAUGUUUUUGGCCACUUGUAGGCACUGCAACAGGUUGUAAACGCAUCGUCACCUGCUAGCAAACAGCUGUCUAUUAAAACAUCCAGCAGAUGCAGAGCAGAAUUAGCAUCCAUUUGGAGUCAUAUUUCUGGCCACCUGGUGAAUGUAAGUCAAAUAUUCACUGCCUUUUAGCUCUGUUUUGGCCUCUUGAGGGAAAUAUUUGACUCUUAAGCUGUCACAUCCUUCUCUAACUGCUAAGUGUGUCUGCAGUUUGGUGCUUAGCAGCUAGCAUGUAGCUCAAGAGGCUAAAGUGCUUCACAGAGCUGAGGGAAACCACAGAGUUGGGUGAUACUGUCUUUCUCUAUGCGGUUGUUACUACUUUCACAUUACAUAUAAAGAUUUUAAACCAUUGUUGAUAUAAAAAUAAUUAUUGCAGCUUCAAAGUAAGACUUUAAAUGUAGUCAUAAUAUAAAAAUAUGGACCAAUAGCAAUUUGAAACUGCAACUUCAACAAGCAAUGUUAAAAAAAUAGAUUUUCCAGUUUUGAUUCAAUGUGCAUGUUCACAAACACUGCCUGAAAAGUUCAAAACCACAAGAUUAACAUGGGUAUUUUUUUGUUGUUUUCUGUUGAAUUAACUCUUUUAAGUUAUGGUGUAUGAGUUUGUAAUUGUAAUUUAUAGGAGUGGUGAGUGUGAGGCCUGUGUUUUUCCUCCCUGUUCCCCUUGCAGACAAAGCCGAGACUCAUACAAGUGUGACAUACAUGAUUAUCCACAGAACAUAUAUCCUGGAUGACCUUUAAUACUAUACUAUGCAUCACCUAUACAUACAAAUCCCUCUGAUGGAGCCUGACCCAUGUUAGCCGUGUUGUCGUCAUUGUUAACUUUGUGCUACUGUUAACCGAAGCAGUCAAGUGCACUGCUUGUGAGAUUUGCAAUAAGCAGCCAUUAUUCCUAUCCUCUGUCCUCUAAAGGGAGAAAACUGUGAACUGUCAUGCGUACUGAAGCGUAACCAAAACCUAUAACACAGUUAGUGAUACUCAAAGGAGCUUUUCUGACACUUGUGACCAUGGCUUUGUCGCCCUCGUCGUCUAAUCCCCCCAUCCCCUGACUUGAAACUGUCAACCUGCUGUUGAUGUGUCUGUGGAAAAGAAAUUCCCAAUCUGAUGAUGAUUUGUAUAUUCUAUUUUGCUCUAUUUUAUUUUAUCUGGUCAAAUGACACUGGACUGUUGUGAAGGCACUUGCUCGCCAUGAUAGCAGCACAUAUACUGUAAACUGUUGGGGAAAAAUGGCCUGGCUUUGCUGUAGUACUGGACACACUACUGAUGGAAGAAGAAUCGACUGUAGGCAUCAGGAGAGAAGUUGUGCAAUGUGGGCAAGGUGGUGAGUUGAAGGAUGGGGGGCGGGCUGUAUUUAUAUAUUAAUAUCCAAACUACUGUGUAUUAUCCUGUAAACUAUGUAGAAAUUGACAGGAGCAGAGAUGUGUGUUUUUAGGUUGAAGGAAUGAAGCAGUAAGUAAAAUCCGAAGGACAGCAGAGCAAUAGAAAUGUCACGAGUGGGUGCCUUAUGUUUGGAGUCGUGGUUAUGGGAGUCACAGUUAAGUGCUCAGCUGAAAGUGCUGUUAAUCACCAUGAGGCAGAUGUAGAAACGACCUCUCCUCUCAGUCCAAGGUGAGGAGGAGACGUAUUGAAAGUGAAUUACUGUCUUGUAAAGAAUGUGACACAGAGCGCAUUGAAAAAAGAAGCCUCUCUGGAUCUGCACUGUUAGUCCUCAAUGAGAUGAAAAACAUUUAUUGGCCCCAUUAAUGCGGAAAACCAGCACAAUACCAAUUUAUGGAUAUGAGCUUAUUUUUUUCUGUGAAGAGCAUCGACCUGCUCUGCUGUUUAGCCUCCACCUUCAAUUCUCCACUGCCUUUUGCUAUACAUUCCCCUAGUGCUUGGUGGUGUGUAUUUGCUGUAUUUGCAUUCAGUCUAAAUGGAAAACAUACAUGCAUAAAUAAAUGUCUCAGUAUGAUUCAAA